AUGGGCGACAAACAAGAGAAACAGACACGUCCGAUAGUGUCUGUGAUCUCUGGCGGAAUUGCUGGCGGUGUGGAAGCAUCCGUCACAUAUCCUUUCGAGUUCGCCAAAACCAGAGCUCAAUUGCAUGUCCGAAAGGCUGGAGUGCCAUAUCCGAAGAAUCCAUUUGCGGUUGUCGGUCAGGUUUACAGUCAAGAAGGAUUACGGGCACUAUACAAGGGGUGUGGAGCUUUGGUGGUCGGAUCGGUUGGCAAAGAUGCUGUUCGCUUUCUAUCUUUCGACACUGUCAAAAAUGCGUUCAAGGAUCCGGAGACCGGAACCUUGUCCCCUCUCAGAAACAUGCUAGCUGGAAUGGCAGCCGGUGUCGUUGCAAGUGCGACUGCAGUCACGCCAACGGAGAGAAUCAAGACUGCCUUGAUCGACGACGCCAGGGGACCCAGACAAUUCACAUCCACUAUGCACGCAGUCAAAAUGAUCUUGGCCGAGGACGGCUUCAAAGGUCUCUAUCGAGGAUUUGUAGGGACGACCUUGAAGCAAGCAUCAGCUACGAGUUUCCGUAUGGGCUCGUAUAAUAUCCUCAAAGAUUACGAAAAGAACCACCAUAUCGAGCAGAACACGGCUGUAAAUUUCGCCAACGGAGCGGUAGCUGGCGUUACUACCACCUUGGCGACCCAGCCUUUCGAUGUCAUCAAGACGAGAUCUCAGACCGCAAAAGCCACGACAACGACGGAAGCUAUCGCGAGCAUCUGGAAGGAUGAUGGCAUUCGUGCUUUCUGGAGAGGUACGGUCAUGAGAUUAGGACGUACUGUGCUUGCUGGAGGAGUACUGUUCACCACGGCAGAGGCUGUUGCAAAGAUCAUCAAUCCCAUCUUGGACCGAUGA